CUCUACCAAAAAUAAGACAGAGGUUUUAUUUUGUUGCUGCCUGUCAUGGGGGACCCUAAGAUCUGGCUAUUACUGCUUCUGAGUACCAUUGUCUUAGCUCAGACUGGCAGUGAUAAUACAGAUGAAAAAACAUUGACAUGCCCAUUGUCAGCAAGAUUUAGGACCUUUAAGAAAUAUGUGUAUCAUUACACAACAGAGAGCAAGAAUGGCGUGACUGGUAAAUCCAACCUCAGCAAUGGCCCCAAGGUCACAUGUCAGGUGGAACUCGAAGUCCCACAAGAAUGCAGCUUUGUCCUUCACACUGUGGACUGUGCCCUCAGUGAGGUGUCACUCAUCGACACCCAGGAAGGUGUUGUGUAUAGACAAGCUGCAGGAGCUGAAGCCUUCAAAGCUGCCAUGGAGAAGAACCCUCUAAAAAUCACAUGGGAUCCAGUGACCGGGAUUCGCCUGUACCCUGAACUUGAUGAGCCUGUCAACAUCCUGAACAUCAAGAGAGGUAUCAUCUCAGCACUCAAUGUCCCAGUCAUGGAGGAGGAGAGAAACAGCCUAAUGGACACUGUGCAUGGCCUGUGUAAGACUGACUACAUGGUCAACACGAGGAAGGACACUGAUACACAAUUGACCCUUACAAGAGAUCUGUCUCAGUGUGAUCAGUUUCGCAGUAUGAAGCUUCCUAGCAGUCCGCUGACCCUGCUCCCAAGUCUGCAUGGACCUUUGUCUAAACUAAUCAGAAGUACCCAGGACUGCAUCUAUCAGUUUGAUAACAAGAGAAAGCAUAUGACUAAUGCAGUGUGCACCGAAAUGCAUAUCUUCCUGCCCUUCUCACAUAAUAAUAGUGGAAUUUUCUCUGUGGUGACACAGAAUCUAAUCUUGCAAGAUUCAGCAAAGAUCAACAAUAAAGUCUUUGAAGCUGAAGUCAGCCAUAUUAAACCCCUCCACAUGGAGUACCCAGAGGACAAGGCUUCGGCUCAGACGAAAGAUGCUCUGCUCAGAACACUACGAGACCUCAAUGCUCUGUCCAGCACUGGGCAGGGUCAAAGGAGGCCUGGCCUCUUCCAAAAGCUGGUCUCUGAGCUCCGUAGUCUGAAGAACAAAACAUUGAGCCUAGCCAUGGAGGAGAUGAUGGGGGAGUCUAGUGCUCUGACCUGGCAGGCCCUCACCCAGUGCGGAACACCAGAAUGCACUAGCGCCAUCCUCCAGGUUAUCAAGACAAUGGAUAGCUCUGCUGUGGUGAGGGAUGCCAUUGUGUAUGCAUUGAGCCUUCAGCCCAGCCCUGACGCUCACCGGGUCAGAGAUAUGCUGAGUUUGGCCCAGCACAAACAGAGCAAAUCCAUUAUGUAUGCUCUGGCAAACACAGUCAGGAAGUUUCACCCAGGACAUCAGACCCCCGAGGUUAAGGAGGUGUCAAAGUUUGUGCAUACCUUGUUGGGAGACUGCUCAGGGGAUGAGGACAUGACUUUUCUGACACUAAGGAUUGUAGGUGUUAUGGGUAAAGCAAUGCAAUCUACCUGGGAUGUAAGUAAGGGUAUGAAGGAAGCCCUCAUAAACUGUGUGAAGAAGGGAACUUCUCUAUCUGUCCAGAAGGCAGCAAUGCAGGCCUUCAGACUGAUGGAUAUGGACCAGGAGGUCAGAGAAACUCUCUUGGAGGAAUACCAGGAUGCUGAGGGCCCUGUCCAGAAACGUGUGGCAGCUUACCUAAUGCUUUUUAAGACUCCUGACCGUGCUCUGCUAAGCAAUGUCAUUACCACGCUGAAAGGCGAGCAAGACCCACAGUUCAAGAGCUUUGUGGUCUCACACCUUGACAACAUCCGCCACUCUGAUGAUCCCAAAAUGCAACAAAUCAAACUGUAUAUUAAGGAGGCAUUGCAAGACUAUUGGCAUCCUGCCAACCAGUUCAGCACAAUGUCCCGCAACUACAAAAUGGACACUGCCAUGGGCUCCAUUAAGGGUAACAUAAUUUUUGAUUCCACUGAUAUUCUGCCAAAAGAAGUUCUGUUUGAAACCACCCUCAAUGCCUUUGGGUACAAUACUGACAUGAUAGAGUUUGGCAUUGAAGGUAAUGGAUUUAAUCCAACGCUUGAGGCCCUUUUUGGGGAGCAAGGUUUCUUCCCUGACUCUGUCUCCAAGGCCAUGUUCUGGGCUGGUGACAAGAUGCCAGAUGUGGUUCAACGGGUGCUAGAGAAAUGGAUUGCCCCCUUGAGGAGUGAGAGAAGGAAAAGACAGGCGCCACAGGAACUAAUAAGAAAUAUCGGACACAACUUCCAAAAGCUUGUCAGGGAACUUCACUCUCAAGACUCCCCUGAGGCAAUGGCAUACCUAAGGAUUCUUGGAGAUGAAGUUGGUUACAUCAAGUCCAGUGAGAUAGAGAAUAUGGCCCAAGCAGUAGCCAUGUACUCUGAUGUGUUAUUCAAGAUCAUCCCUUUGAAAGCCAUGCAGUCUCUAAUAUCCAACACCGACAACAAGCUUUAUGCCCACUAUAUCUUCCUGGAUGAGAGAUUUUCUCUGCCCUCUAUGUCUGGCUUACCCCUAAAAUUCUCCUUGUCUGGUGUCUUUUCCCCUGGAGCUAAGGGAGGUCUGAACUUAUCCCCUGGGAUGCAGCAACUUUCUUUCUUGCCAUCUGUUGGUGUAGAGUUUAUUACUCAAAUGGGCAUCCACAUACCUGAGUUUGUGGUGGCAGGCAUUGAAAUGCGCACCAACAUGUACCAUGAGAGUUCCCUGAACACCAAAGUCACCAUUAGCAGGAACAAGAUCAAACUCUCCAUCCCUGCCCCCAAAGAAACAACUGAGCUGUUCAGCAUCAGCAACAAGCUGAUGUCAGUGUCCUCCACCCAGACUAAGUUGGUGCCGUCAUUUGGGGAGGGCACGACAGACAGCAUUGAAUGCAAGCCCCUGUUCACUGGUAUGAAUAUCUGCACCACAAUGCAUUACGCCAGUGCAAGCUCAACAGACGAAGCUCCCUACUAUCCCCUCACAGGCGAGAGCAGGCUUGCUGUGGAGAUCCAGCCAAUAGGUCAGGUAACAGAAUACACUGCUGCCAUUACUUCUGAAACUCUCCGAGAGGGAAAGGAGGGGCGCCAAAAAAUUGACUCUCUGAAGCUAACCCUUAGGGCAGAAGGUGAUGAGCCUAUGGAGGCAACCGCAACAGUGAAGUACAACCGGAACAAGAACACUCUGACCACUGAAGUCCAGAUCCCUGAUUAUGACAUUGAGGCAGGGAUAACACUGGCGGUCACAGACAGUAAUAUCAAGGGGAAGAAGAUGCGUGGCAUCCUCUUAGAUGUCACUAACCACAAUAUUCCACAGCUGUCCCUAGUAGGUCGUGCCAGACUUGAGUCGAUGAAAAAUGGCAUGCUUCAAAUCCAGAUUUCCUUCCCAGCACUAAGUUCAGAUGUCUCUGCUUCUGCAACUUUGAAGAAAAGUGAUGGUCUAGUCAUGCAAUUAGAGACAGCAGUCAAUAUUCCAGUGAUGUCUUCUGUCCAAAAAGUCAUUGUGAGAUACGAUGAAAACAAGUUUGAGGUGGAGAUGAAGUCCGACCUGGACUCCGAGAUCCAAAAAUUCAUACCAAACUUAAAAUAUUACCAGAAGCAUCUACAAAAUCUAAUUGACGAGUUAUUAGAUCAGAAGGUGGCUAAGACUGAUAUGAAAGUGCGACACAUUGUUACUAAAGCCAUUGAGGCAAGUAACAUUUGGCUGGACAAGGUUGCUGGAAGAAACAAGAGGAGCCUUUCUGAACUCACUCUGCCCACUGUGCCUGAGAAACUAUUCAUUAAAUCUGACAGUUUAUUUAGAUACCAAUUCAACACGGAAAAAAUUGCCAUCUCCCUUCCUGUGCCAUUGGGAGGAAAAUCUUCUGAAGAGCUAAAAUUUCCCACAACCCUGUCUAUCCCUGCCAUUACUAUUCCAAAAAUGAAUUGGAUGAUUCCUCCUAUGGAUAUAAAAAUCCCAACUUUCACAAUCCCUCGCUCUUUGGACUUCAUGCUGCCCUUGCUUGGCCUUGCUGAGAUGACCUCCAAAGUAAACAGCAACUUCUACAACUGGGAGGCAUCCAUUUCCGGGGGCAACAACACUGUUGAUGUUCCUAGCUAUAUUGCUCAAUAUAAAGUAAUUGCUCAGUGCCCUGUCAGCCCACUGUCCUACAGACUUGAAGGCACAGGCAUGAUCUCAGGAACAAUGGAAGAUAAUCUGAAGUAUGUAGUCAAUGGAUCCCUGAGCCACAGCUUCAUCGAUGCCAGCUUCAGUAUCUUUAAAACCUUGAGUGUGAAAGACAAACUGAACAUCAGGGCCAGUUACAAGAUUGAAGCCUCCAGUCCUCUGGGCCUGCAGACCUCUAUGUACUAUUCUGCAAAGUCAGAGUCAUCUUCUAAAGAAGUCAAAGGGGAUGGUAACUUGGAUGCAAGCAUCCGAGUGGGCUCAUUGACAGCAGAUUCCACCUGCAGUCAUAACUACGCUAUUCGCCCUCUUCAUAGAGAAGGAAGAGGAGAGUUCAACCUGCGGGUGAACUCCCCACUUAUCCAGGCACAAAACGUGAUCAAAGGAAACUAUGCCAAUAAUGAGUUGUCUAUUGUUUCCAAAACCAAUGUGCAGGAUAAUGCUCUCAAACAUGUGGCAGAGCUCAUGUACAAAGAUGCCCAACUAUCCCUGAAGUGUGACACUGUUUACAAUGUUCUGGGCAGUAUACUAAAUAACAAUGCUGAGCUUGGAAUCUCCAGUAAUAUAAUCAUUCUAAGAGUUGAGUCCCAGGCUGAUGAUUUAACAAACCAAGCUUACUCCCUUCUCACAGGAACACUGAACUCUGAUGGUCUUGAAGUCAACUCUGAAGGCUUGUUAACCUUUAAAGAUGGCCGUGGAUUGCAUAAGGCCACUGUGACAUUAGACAUAAAUGGCCUAGUUACCAGUGGAAUCAAUAGCCUACAGUGUAGUCCCUUGACAUUUGAGAACAUAUACAAUGGUGGCAUAGACAGUAGGGGAGCAUCCGUGACCUCCACAACAAAAGGUAUGGUGGAAGAUGGCAGAGCUGAGCUAAGCUUAGAGGGAAGAAUAUCAAGUUCUGAGGCUUUUCUACACAGUGGCUUCAAAGUCAACAUCUACGAUUCAAACGCAAGAAGUACAAUUAACCUGGCAUUGAACAGGAGGGGUUUGACCUUCUCAAACCACAUGAAGGGAUUUCUGCAGAAGAUUAAGACAGAAAACACACAUAGUCUGACUGUCACAUUAUGGACCCUGGUCUUCCGCUCUAAGACUGAAAACUUUAUCUGUGAGGAUGCCUACUACAAGCAUGAUUUAAAGGUUAAUGUAAAGCCUUUUGUUACAUCUGUUGACAUGAAUAAUGAUUUGAAGUUAUUUGACAUCCAUAUGAGCAACGAAGGCCAGGUGAAAAUGGAGCCUACCAAGGUGGACCUGACUGGAAGUGCAAGAGGAGCCUAUGGGAAUGAACAUGAGCUGAGACACACCUACGAAGUCAACUUUGCUGACCUAGCAGGCAAUCUGAAAUAUAGCACAACAGGAAAGAUAAUGGAAUCGCAGAUUAGUCAUAACUGUAAAAUUGAGAUAGCAGGAUUUACCUCCAAGACUAUCUGUGAGGCAAAGUUAAACUCUGAAUCAGUACGUUUUGACAGCAGUAUUCGCACUUUGGCACUGCCAUUCAGUUUCACUGUCAAUGCAAUAAUUGACAGCGAUGGUGAGGUGGACCUUUUUGGAAAGCAUACUGGUCAGCUCUACAGCAAGCUUCUUGUAAAAGCAGAACCUCUUGCACUUGCUUACUCACACGACUGCCGGAGUUCAACCACACACGUGUUGAAGAGAGUGAAAUCAUUUGCUAACCUGAAUAACAAGUUUGAAGUUCUACUAACACCUAGUGAGCAGUCAAUGACAUUAAAAACCAUUUCUAAGUUUAACAACCAUGCUUAUAAUCAAGACUUCAGCACUUACAACACUGCUGAGAAGCUUGGAAUUGAGUUUGCAGGAUUAUUAUCCACAAAACUUUUAAUCUCAUCCAGAGGGGAUAGAGAUAAAAGGGCAGACAAAGGAAACCAAGAAUUCGGAGUCUCUGGUUCCCUGAAGUAUGACAAGAACAGUGACUCACAUAUCAUUGAGCUUCCCUUCAUUAAAAACCUUCCUACUGCUUUAGAGCUUUUAAGGACUACUAUUGUUAAUUCUCUGGAGGCCAUUCAACAAUACAUAAUCAGCUUAGACUUUAACCAGUUAAUUGUUUCACUAAGACUUCAUUUGGACAAUCUGCCACAGCAAGUAAGUGACUUCAUGACAAAGAUUGAUUUAGAGAACAAAGUAAAGGAGGUGAAAGAGAAAAUUGUUCUUCUGACUGAAGAGUAUGCAGUGACAGUGGAAGACUUGGAAGCCUCUGUAGAGAAUUUAAAGGUGAACUUUGAAAAAACCUUGAUUGAUAUUGCAUCCAAAGUCGAUGACCUGAUUAAAAAAAUUAGGGGCAGCAUUAAGAGUGGAGACAUGUCAGCAGCCAUUUCAAAUGUUCUCUCACAAACUUUAAAUCAGCUAAAGGACUUUGAUCAUCAAUUUAAAAUAAGAGAGACAAUUAUCAGAGUCAUUGAUGCAAUCGAGGAUGUCAUCAGACAGAUUGAUCUACAGAAGCUAGAAGACAGCAAUGUUGCCUGGUUGGGCUAUAUUGAUGGUAGAUUUGGAGUAAAAGAAAAACUUCACAAAAAAAUAAGUGAAUUGAAAAAGGUUAUUGAAACCUUUGAUAUCACAAUAUUCUUCCAGGAUCUGAGGGAUUUCAUCCUCUCAAUCAACUUUGCUAAAUAUGUGGAGAACCUAACUGCUCAAAUUCCUACAGAGAAGAUGGCCAGUGUCCUUGAAUCUAUGAAGGAUGUAAUUGUCAACUGGAUUGAAGAAUAUGAAAUCCCAGACAAAAUCAAUGUUGUCUAUUCUUACAUCAGAGAUCUGCUCCUCAGAUAUGAGUUUGACCAGAGAAUUGAAAUCUUUAUUGAUGAGACUGUAGUACUCAUCAAUGAAUUCAGAAUCCAAGAAACUGUGCAAUCACUGGUUGAUGCUUUGAGAUCUAUAAACUUUGAAGUAAUGCAUGACAAAUGUAUGCAACAACUGGAUGGGGCAGUAAGUCAAUUAAAAACAAUUGACUUCAAGCAAAGUAUUAAUGAGCUAAAUGAAUACAUUUCUUCAGUCAUAAAGACCAUGAAGGAAUUUAACUACAAUGUUUUUGUUGACGAUGCUAACCAGAAGAUAAGUGAACUAACAAAUUAUGCUAAUAAUCAGAUUGAAGCAUAUGGAAUGGUACAAAAAAUAGAGGCCUCCAGAGAAUUUGUUAGAAAUGUUCAGGCUUCUAUGUUAAAAUACUUGGAACAGUUGAAAGAGACAAAAAUGUCAGAAGUUGUUAGGAUGAUGAAGGAUGUGAUUGAUACUACAGCCUUAAAUGAUAUGAAGAUCAUUAUGCAGCAAGCCCUUCAAGACAUGAGAGACAGAGUUGAUGAUAUGAACAUAAGACAGGAGAUACUCAUCUAUCUGCAACGGGCAAGUGAAUCAUACACCAAUAUGGUUGCCUACAUUUCUGUUCAGUUCAACAAACUGAUUGAGGAAAUCCGCAAGGGUACCAAGAACCAAAAUGUAUUGAAUCAGUUCAGUCAUGCUGUUAAUAAUUUUCUGGAUGCACUGAAGACCCUGGAGGUUGAUAUUCCAUCUUUUGUAGUGCCUCUGACUGACCUUGUCAUUCCAACUGCCCAAAUCAACCUGAACAGGCUGCAGGACAUAAGCAUUCCAUCAAAAAUCACAGUCCCUAAGUUCACCAUUCUGAGCUCUUACACUGUCCCAGCAAUUACCAUAGAUUUUGAGAAAAUCAAAGAAAAGAUUAUUGCAUUCAUUGACCAGGUUAGAGAGUAUGACAUUCCAAUUCCUUCACCUGAGGCCGUCUUGGGAGACUUGAGAGCACUUUACCUAAUCAACAUCCCUGACCUGACCUUCCCAGAAAUAACUAUUUUAGAGAUCAAGCUUCCAAGCACCAAUCUCCCAAAGUUGAAUCUGGACAACUUUGAAAUCACAAUCCUUCCAAUCCCUGAGUUCAAAUUCCCUCAGGUUCCCACUGAAUUUCAAAUCCCUGCCUUUGGCAAGCUCUAUGGUGAGUUUAGAGUGAACUCUCCCCAUUACACUCUUGUGACAGCAGUUACAUUAGAGAACUCAACAACAAUUAAUAUUAAUAGGAAGAAGAGAGGGGCACUAGAGAGAUCCAAGUUCUCAGCCAUACUAACUUCUCAGGCUAAAUCAACUUUAGAUUUUCUUGACUACUCCUUGGAUGCCAUUGCUCUUCUAGAAGCUUCUCAGAUGGAAACAAUGGUCUUCACCGAGACUGUGAAGGUCACUCACAAGGCCUUCUCUAUAGAUCACGAGGGAUCUCUGACUUUCAGUGCCCCAUCUGCAGAAGCAAUUGCAAAGACCACUGCCAAGGCCACAACUGAAAUGUACACAGCUGAUCUCCAGAACAACAUUGCACUGUCCCUUAAGAGUGGAAUUUCUGCAUCAAUAGGCAGUAUUUACAACCACAAUGUCAACAUUGCAGCUAUUGGAAUGUCAAGCCAACUCACCAUGUCCCAGACUGCAGCAGCCACUCUUGAAUCUGGUAUUAUUUCUUUAACAGCUAAAACUGAAGGAGGUGGAAAGUGGUCCAUCCAAGACUAUUCAGAUGAAGGCACACACAAAAGCAAUGUGGAGUUGAAUAUCAAUGUUAGUACUGCCAAAUUAACCUUUUUUGGAGAAACGGACAGCAAGAUCUUGAAAAUAAAAAAUACCAUUAAUGCUGAAUCCGUAAUUUUCAGCCACUUCACUGUUGAUGCCAGAACUGAGACAGAGCUUCCCUUCAUAAAGAGCAGUGUUUUGAUUUUGAAUGGAAAUGCCCACAUAGGAGAUGUGAAGAUUGUACUGACAGCCUCACACAAUGCAGAGCUCAUGGGAAGAAUGAGUGGAACCAUAUCAAACACUUUGGAAUUUUUGGCCCGUCCAUUUGAAAUUGUAUUUGAUUGCAAAAACAAUGGCAAUGGUAAGGUUGUCUUCCCACUGAAACUUACAGGAAGAUUUGACCUCGAAAAUGAUUUUGGUGUGAUUUUUAACUCUGAAAUACAGAAUGUCAACUGGGCUAGCUUAGCUCGAUUCAAUCAGUACACGUAUUAUACAAAUUUUACGAUGGUCAACCAUCAGAAAGACAUUGCCAUCUAUGCGGCAAUGAAUGGUGAAGCAAAUCUAGACUUUCUGACCAUUCCACUCACCAUCCCAGAGAUGACAGUGCCUUAUCUAAAUAUGAAAACACCUCACAUUAAAGAACUUUCUUUGUGGACGCACGUUGGCCUCAAGGAACUGCUGACUACCCCUCAACAGUCAUUUGACAUGAACCUUAAGCUUCAGUAUCAGAAGAACCCAGACAUGCACACGGUUCAUUACGACCUACAAAACUUCUACAAUGCAAUCAGUAAUUUAGACACUCUUAGGCAUCACUUUGAAUUGUGGAGGGACAAACUAGUAACCAUUCUGGCAAACUCUUAUAAUGAAGCCAAGAUACAUUUUGACAAAUUUAAGAUUGACAACUCUGACCAACCUCCCAAGUAUGUCACAAUCCCUGGAUACAAAAUCCCGGUCCUGAAUAUUAAGGUCUCAAGUUUCAGAGCAGAGUUACCUGCAUUUGGAUUUAUCAUCCCCAAGGAGGUCAGUACAUCAGGUUUUAAAAUUCCAACAAUGGGGUUUUCUGUACCAUCUUAUACCCUGGUGCUGCCUUCUCUGGAGCUGCCAAUCCUACAUAUUCCUGAAACACUGAGAGAACUGACCCUCCCAUUAAUUACACUCCCAGCAAUUCAAAACAAUAUCAUGAUUCCAGCAAUGGGCAACAUGACGUUCAAUUUCUCUUUCAAGUCCACUGUGAUUACCCUGACUGCUAAUGCAGGCCUCUAUAAUCAGUCAGAUAUUAUUGUCCGAUUCGGAUCUACUUCAACUUCAGUGUUUAAUAUUCUAAAAGGUAAAAUUGAUGGGUCAACCAGCCUGACAAGAUCAAGGGGUUUAAAACUUGCCACUGCUUUUUCCUGGGAGCACCAGAACAUAGAAGGCAGCCACAACUGUACUGUUAAUCUCUCUAAAAGGAGCAUGGAAACUUCUCUGGUAACUAUAGCAAAAGUCAACCUUCCAUUUACGAGCCUGGAAUUAAUUCAGGAUUAUCAUGGAAAUACUAAGACCAAACCAAAUGUAGCCUCCAAGAUGUCAUUAAAAUACAUGUUUAAUAUACCACUGAUUGAGGCUGAAGGUAUGGGGAACAUUGAUCAAAACUUAGCAUUGGAAGGGCUUACAUCUUCUUUUGUCUCACUGGAAACAUCUACAAAAGGAAAGACUGACAUAAAAGUUGGAAGGAUCAAUUACAAUGGAGCUGUUGAUAACGACGCCACCGUUUACCUAAAUGCAAAAGGUCUGCAAUCAACAGUGAAGAUGGACAUAGCCUCUAAACUUAUUUAUGAUAAAUCUACCAUUUUCAGUCUGGACAUCAAUGAGAACCUAGACCUUCAGGCAUCUCUCAGGGGUGUGUAUGCAACUUUGAAUCAUAACUGCAACAUUAUGCUUAAAAUCGUAUGGGGAGUGUUUGAUACAAAUGGAAAGCACAAUGUUAAAGCAACCCUAGACCUUGAUCCUCUAACAAGGCUGACAGCUCUGAUGGACGUUGAUGCAACCCAGCAAUUUGACUACAUGGGUCAUCGCAGUGAGGCAGAAAUUCUUCAGAAAUUCAGUCUUUCCAUCACUGCAGAUAAGCAGACAUUCAGCUGGAAUGGCAGAGAGCAACUUGCCUUUGCAAUACAUGCCUCUGAAUUUCUUCUGUCAAAUGAUAAAUCUGAAGUGAAGAUAGAUAUUAGUGAAUCAAUAGAAGGACCUCUUGAUUUCCUGAAGUCAAUUAAGUUCCCUGUCUACCAGAAGACAAUCUGGGAUGUACUUAAGCUUGAUCAAACCACCAGUAUGGAUACGAUGCAAUUCCUCAAUGUGUCUGCUACAGUAGUUUACACAAAGAACAAAGAGGGAUUUGUUUUCACUUUACCAUCCACAUUACUUGAGAACGGGGUCACCUUCAAUAUCCCAGAAUUUACACUAACAGUGCCUAACUGGGUGAAAAAGAUCCCAAAAAUUGUAAGGACAAUUGACAGGCGAUACAAAGAUAGUGACCUCCCAGAUCAGGUCUCAGUGCCACCUGCCAUUGAUGUUCCAGCUUUCAAUGUACCCUUCACCACUCUUCAAGUGUCAGCCUUUACAAUUGAUGUGAAAAACUUAAAAAUCCCAAAGAUGAUACGUACCACUGGCUUUGACAUCAUGAUGCCUGGUUUGCCCAAAAUAAAAAUUCCCAGUUUUGAUAUUGACACAGAGUAUCUACAGAAAAAAAUAUCUGUUCUAUCAGUGAAGUUGACACAGUCUGAAAUAAUUAUCUCAUCAUUCACCAUCCCCAAGUCCUUUGCCAUUGGUGAGCACAGCAUUCAUUUGGAUAAGAUUACAACUUGGAUUUCUAACGUUCAACUGCCAACCAUUACUAUUCCAGAACAGAAGAUUGAAAUUCCAGAAAUGUCACUAAACUUCCCUGCAAGUGUGUUUAUCCCAAACUUUGGUGCCCUCUCCACCACUGUGAAAGUGUCAUCCCCAAUUUACAAUGUGACAUCAACCGCAACCCUGGAAAACAAGCAGCCCAAUGUUUUCACUUCAUUAAAGUCUAACUGCAGCUCUACUAUUAUCUUCCUGGAAUAUGACCUAGAUGCAUCAGGCACUCUUCGUUUUGAAAACGGAGCAAUUAGCCUGAAUGGGAAAUGCAAUUUGGUUCAUAGUGAUGUAAACGUUGACUGGCAGCAUAUCUUCUCACAAAAUCUGAGGAUUAAACGGCUAGUCUCUCCUGAUGCUAUUGUAUCUCGUCAUACUUUGAAUGUGGAUAUCACCAGCCCAACCUUCAUUGAUGUAAGCUUCCGGUAUGCUUCCCGCAAGGAUGGCAUCAGCAUCUCUGUGGCUUCCCCAUCAGUUGGUUUUCUUGGAUUGCUCAUAACAAGGAGGUCAUCAUCACAGGUGUAUGGAAAAUUGUUUAGUCGCUACCUGUCUACCCCUGACAAAGAUACAGACAUUGUGAGUGUCAAAGCAGCUCUGAAGAAUUCUGAGAAUUUGAGUUUCCAGGUUGUCUGGAACAUGGAUGCCAUGCAUUCCUCCACUGAAGGGCUCAAAGAGCGGAUACCUGCAAUAACAGAUGCACUACUCAAGUUCAUCAACAAGUAUCACACAGCUCACUUUGGCUUUAAUAUAAACCGUGCUAACAUAAAACUUAAAAACUCUGUCUCCAAGGUCAUUGAGAGAGCUCAUAAUGACAUCUCAAAGGUUCUUGAUACACUACAGAAUACUUUACGAGUGAUGUUCACAAACGCAGCUGACAGCAUACCGUCUAUCAACAUAACUGAACUAAGUGACACAUUUGUUUCUGUUCUUAUGUUCUUGCAUGAGACCAAUUUCACUCUGCCGUGGAUAGAGGAGAGACUUUCUGGACAGGAGAUCUAUGAGAAGGCCAGUCGUUCUGUAUCUGCAGCAACUAAGGGUGCUGUCCAAAGGUUCUCAAAUCUCAUGGAUGCUAUUACUGACAUUAUUGAAAGAUACAUUAAAGGCAUUCAGUUCACAAUGCCUAGUAGCAAUGUAGUUAUUAAUGGAAACCAGAUUGUUGCCAACCUGAGGUCUGCUUUGAGUGUCGUCAAGGGUCAGAUAACAGAGGCAACAAGAAUCUUGGAGGAUGUGAGUCUGGAGGAGCUGAUCCAGAAAGUGAACAGCCUCCUGCAGUUAAAUUUACAAAGGGCAAGAGAUUUCCUUGCCUCUCUGAAGACAUUGGACAUGGAGGAAAUGUUGAAUUCUCUUGAGCGUUACAUGCAUGUGGCAAGAUCUCAAGCUAGUAAGUACAAUGAUUAUGCCAAGGUUAAGAUUCAGGAAAUCUACAACAAGGUAACUAUGGAGCAAAUGAACAAUGACCUCACAGAGCUUGUUAAUAUUUUGCAGUCUUACUAUUUUAGAGCACUUAAUGGAUUUAUUGACCUAAUGAGGCAGGCAUCACAAAGUGCGGCUCCAUACAUUAAAAUAACCACAAAAAAGUUGGACGUUGAUAUUCCCCUUCCCUUUUUCUGGAGGUCUUUCAAUGAGUGGCCAGCGCUGAUACGGCAGUGAGUGAGCUGUGACUUAAUCAAACCCCUCAAACACUGCCCAAUGCUGACACAAACCUAAUGGUUAAGCUAUUAUUGUACACCUCUGGGUUUAAUUAUUAUAUUGUUUUGAAAUAUUAUAUAAUGCAUAUAACAUGUUGCUUCUUUUUGAUGACCAUGAUG